UUCGUUUAUCAAAAUACUGCCUCAGCCAAAUUUGUAACCAAAUCGAGCGCAGAAGCUUAACUGCAAACUUUAAAAGGGUGUAUUCUUUACAAUUAUUUUAGAAGCACACCAUAUCAGUGUAUUCUCAUUUUGAUAAUGUCGAAACCUAUCUUAGGAUACUGGGGUAUACCUGGACUAGCUGAACCCAUAAGAUUUCUUCUCCAUUUUAAGAAUGUGAAUUUCGAGGAUAAAAGAUAUUCUUUCGAUGCUCGUUCUGAAUGGGAAAAAAAUAAAUACUCACUAAACUUGGAUUUUCCCAACCUACCAUAUUACAUCGAAGGAAAUGUGAGAUUAACCCAGAGCAACACUAUUUUGAGAUAUCUAGCUGGAAAGUAUGGGCUUGAUGGAAAUACCGAAGAAGAAAAACUUCGAGUUUCUCUGGCAGAGCAACAGAUUUCAGAUUUCCGUGGCAGCUUGAUUCAGCUAAGCUACAGUGAGAACUUUGAAAAACUGAAACCUGGUUUCGUUGCUAAUGUCCCAGCUCAAUUGAAAUUAAUAGCCGAUUUCCUGGGAGACAGAAAAUACUUAGCCGGCAGCUCAGUUACAUAUGCAGAUUUUAUGACCUACAAUGCAAUUCAUUUUUAUCGGUAUCUCAUUCCUAAUAUUCUUGCCGAUUAUCCAACUUUGAAAGAAUACCAAGGAAGAAUCCAAAAUUUACCGGAAUUGCAGAGCUACCUCAAGUCAGAGGCAUACAAGCGUUGGCCCCUUUUUUCUCCUGCUGCUCAAUUUGGGGGAAUAGGACCGGAACCGAAGCAAGAGUAACUGUGCAGUUUUGAAUUAAUAACAAGGCGUAACAUUUUUAAGUGCUUUUUUCCGCUAUUGAUAUGCUUAUAAAUGUAUAAUGCAAUUUUGGCUAUAAGGUAUACUAAAAUUUAGGCUUUUGUUAUUGUUAUUACAGAUAGCUGUGUUGAAAUAACUUUAAUGUUUAUAAAUUUAAUGAAUUUUUAAAAUUUAUAAUGGUAUUAUUAAUAUUUUCUAUCCUUACAACAAUUAUAUAUUUGCAUAAUAUGAUAUGCAUAAAAUUUUGACGAUUGUAAAAACUUUGUAUUCAGAUUUUUUUUUUAAAAAAAAUGUGAUAUUUUAUAGUAUGAAUUUUGGAUCCAUUUAUCAGAGUUGAAGGUAGAAAAUAAAUUAGUAAAAAGUAAAAAUUUUAUUUACUUAUCGACUGCCUUGUUAAAAAAUAAAAAAGUAAUUAGAAAUGGCACUAUUUCAGAGUUUACAGCUGAAUCGGAAAAUCCUACUUUACUUUAAUUUGAAACUCAUCGCUGUAUAUAAUUUUGCUCUAUAUAAAGGAUUUUAAUGAUAAUCUUCAAAUGUGCCCAGUUAAACAACAAUUUUUUGAACUAAGUUGUCGAUAGAAUGGAAUUCUUUAAAUUUCUCUAACAAACCGUGAAAUCGAGAGAAUAGUUCUUGUAAGCUCAAAAACAUUGCCAUAUUCUUAAAUAUAAAAAUUAAAAUGUAGACAAGAAUUCAUUUUUGAUUUUAAAUUUUAGUUGAAACUUCCCAAAUAAUUUUUUUACACAAUUUUAUGUAAUUUGACUUUUAUAUACUAAUUUAAUUUCAUAUUUAUAAUGGUGAUAUUUUUUAUUCAAUUCCUCAUGUAUGCUAUAGUUUUGAAAUUUUUGUUCAUUACCGAAAUUAAUAUUAUAUUUUGAUACUUUUUGGACAUUAUUAUCAAGUAAGUUAAUAAUUUGAAUUAAAUUUUGGUUAUCAAGUAAACUAAUAAUUUGAAUUAAAUUUUGAUUAUCAAGUAAACUAAUAAUUUGAAUUAAUUUUUGGUUAUCAAGUAAACUAAUAUUUUGAAUUAAUUUUUGGUUAUCAAGUAAGCUGAUAAUUUGAAUUAAUUUUUGGUUAUCAAGUAAGCUAAUGGUUAUCAAGUUAAUAAUUUGAAUUAAAUUUUGGUUAUCAAGUAAGCUAAAGGUUGAAUUAAAUUUUGGUUUUAUAUGAAAGUACCAUCUGAAUAGGAAUUGAAAAAAUAACCGAUUACAAAAAUCACAAUAUUUAUUAUAAUGUUAUUGGAAAUAUAAAGAGAUUAAAAAGUGGAAAAUUAAAAGUUUUUGAAAAUACCCUUUUAUUAGCUUACUAUAAAAUAUAAAAUAAUUUUUGUUAUUAGAAAUAUAGAGGUAAAACUGAAAUGUAGUGGUAACAUGCGAAGUGCUGAAAAUAAUACUAUACGGAAAUUAAACUUCAAUGACUGUCAUAAAAAAAGAAUAUUUCUAUAUAUUUUUAAAAAAUUAAAAUGAUAUUAUCAAUGUGAUCAAAAUUCUAAUUUCCAUAAAGGCUCGAUUUUUUUCCCAACGCAAAUGUAGUCCAGAAUGGAAAAUUAAAAGAAAAAAAAAGCAAAAGAAAACUUGUAGAUAUAAAGUUUUAUUUCUAGAAAAAAAAAAAAAAUUCAAUUCGCUUUUUUUUUUUUUUUUUGAAUACAAGUUAAAUUUGAGAAUUUCUUUGCAGUUAAAUCCUACAAUUAAAGAUUAUUCUUACUAAUAAAAGUUAACAAAACUCUGAUGAAAUGUGAAAAAGGUAAUAAACUAUUAAACAUGCACAAAUGUUCUCAUAAAAUAAGUAAAAAUUGAUCAAACAUUUACUCACAUCAAACUAUAAGUAAAAACGAAAUUCAUAAUCGAUCCAAGAAUCUUGAAUGUUUCUGUUAUUCUUAAGAACCAAAAGAGUUUAUUUCCUCAUGUGAUAAGUGUACAUUUUUUAUUAUUUUUAUUGUGAUUUUGAUGUAAAAAAUGCAGUUAUUUUUUUUUAAGUUCAAAAACUAUUGUUAAGCAUAUUUAUUCGACUAUAAAACUUUUUUAUGAAUACUGAUUUUCUUAUAGAUAAUAGUCAUCGAUAGUAAAAAUUUAAUUUGUAGCUGUAUAAUUUAAAUUCUUCCGAUGGAAAGUUUUUUAGGAUUUUACUCUAUAAUAAGAUUUUAAGUUUAUUUCUUCAAUGCUGUGGAUAAAAAAAAAAAAAAAAAAAAAAAAUUACCAUUAUUUUAAUUUUUAUAUCUGGAUUGUUAAUAAAAUUUUUCUGAAAUUCAGUGGGUUUUUUUUAACAUAAAAAUAAUAUGGAAAUAGCCAUAUGAAACGUGUCUCAAUAACUAUUUUCGAAAAAUAUUAAAUCCCUAAUAUCCCCAAUUCAUAGAAAUUCUUAAAAAUGUGUUGAAUGGAAUGAAAUGAAGAAUAUGGUGAUAAAUUAUUUAAGUGGAAUUCAGUUAUCAUCAUUAAAAAAAAUAAUAUGAAAAUUAGUUUAUUUCAAAAAUAGACAAAGUAAAAAUCGUUUUCAUUUUCCUAGAAAUUUUAUUUCGUUAAAUAUUACCCCAGAUGAUUAUAUAAGGUCCAUAAGAUGUUAUUUUUACCCGCAGAAUAACAAAUAUAAAUUCAAAUAAAGCAUAAUUUUUCGUAUGGGCUCUAAACUGGGUUGAAUAACACCAGUCUGAGAACAGCGUAAUUAUAUUCUAUUAUCUGAGUAUAUAUUAGCAAUGAUUUCUUCAGCAUACGAAAUUUUAUGGGCCUUUAAAUGCUCGAUUUGCGAAUGGAACUAAUGAAAAAAAUAUAUAUAUAAAAUGAAUUAUUUAAAUGUUUCAAACUGAUAAGGGAAUAAAUGACUCCUUUAAAUUUUUUUAAGACUUGCCACUUAAUAACGCAUAAAUAAACUUCCGAAACUCUUAAUUUCUGCUGACAUUCAAGGUCAUAUCUUGCCAAAAAGAAAAAGUACAUCUUUAGCAGAUGUUACAGCUUAGGAUUCGAAAUUUUUUUAUGUUGAAUCAAUGGUAUCUUUAUGAUCUUCUGCUUUUUCAAGGGCAAAGGAAAUCGGAUUUAAGAAAGAUGAGCUUUCUAAUCAACCGAAAUAACAACAAAAAAAAUAUCAUAGUAAAGUGUCCUACUUAAGUAUAAAGCAAUCCAAACAGAAACAACUUGAUGCACACGAAUGUUUGAAUCAAAGCGAAAAAAGCAAGCCUUAAGUUCAGGUUAAUCUUGAAUUUAAAAAAAAAAAUAAUAAAUAACUUUUUGCAGCAAUGAUAUUAAAUUGCUUUCAUUCACUAUUAACUGUUUUGCUGUCUUCAUUAUCUGAUUAGGCGAUUCCAUUUCGUGAAUGGGCUAUCUUAUUGUUUCAGUUAAGAAUCCGUACUUUCGUGAUCCACUUCAGGUUUUUAUGAGUUGUAUGUAAUUUUUAUAUCGAAUUAUAGCGUCUUGGAAUAAUUUCGGCUUAUAUGUUUGAAAAGCGGCAAUUCGAUGCUUGUAUAAUAUGCGCACAUGACAAUUAAGGAGCUAAAUUAAUUAUUUUUGAUUUCACGCUUUCAUUUGAAAAUUGUCACCCAGCGAAAGAAACAUUCUAAAACUUUAAAAAAAAUGUGUCUAAAUUUUUCUGAUUUUGCUUGUUUAAACUAUAACAUAGUUUAUUCGUAAGCAAAAUGAAUUCAAAUUUUUCCUAUAUUGUAUUGAUUUUUCUAAUAACAUCUUGUUAAAAUAUCUUUUAUAAUUUGAAUUCAUGUCAUAACAUAUAUGUUUCUGUUAAAAUGUGAAAUAUAUUAUUUCAUAGAAUCAUCCUUUAUUUCAUGAUAUAACUGAAAAACUUUUAACUAUUCUACGAAAUAACGAAUUUCAUAAUGUAAAGGUAACACAUAUAUAAAAUGUUGAUAUUUCUUUCUUUCAUGAGUUAAAAAUAUUCAUGAUUUUUUUUUCUUUGUGUGAGACAUUUGUAGAGUGACACAUUUUUUUAUUGUUGUUCAAUGUAUACUAUAAAAAUAUAUAAAAACUUUUGAACAUAUAAGAUGUAAAUUGUGAUGUUUAUUU